AUAAUUUAUUCUUCGAUUAAUACACAAAAAGCAUAACAGUAUUGCAUUUCUCAUCUAAAAAUCUGCAUAAAAUUUGGAUUUCACACAUUCGUUAAAGCAUUAAAAGGGAAUCCAAACGAUUGGCUCAUCGACUUUAAAAGUGUGGAGAAACUCAAUUACAAAUAAGAGGCGAGGUCGAGUCGGACUGUUAGUUAUAAAUAACAACAACAAAACAAAUACAGUAUUUCACAUAUAAGAACUUUUAAAGGCUUUAAAGCGAUAUAUGUAUGUUGGUUUCCGUCAGUGAUCUUAAUUGGCCAGACGGCGACGGAGAUCUGAAUAAAAUGGCCAAAAACGAGCAGUCUAAUGGUGUCAAUGGAGGUCCCGUUCUGCCCAAUGGAUUUCGCCAGUUGGACACACAGGUAGCUGGACAUCAAUUUGAACCCACCAAUUCCAGCAGCAGCUCAUCUAUAGGCCUCUUACAAGAUCCACAAAAGGGUUAUGUUCUGAAACCUCUUGGCAAACCCGAAUGCGGUGAGAGGGAGCUCAACUUUUAUGAAUCAUUAGCGAGAGCACGAGCAGGUGAUGUGAAGGCGACGGGAGAGAGUAAUGACCUUACAUUGGCCUCUCUGUCACCUUAUGUGCCGCGAUUUUAUGGUCAUCUCAAACUGGCAGUGAAUCAGCGUGAGCACACUUUUAUUCGAUUGGAGGACUUAACGAGGGGAAUGCUCCAGCCCUGCGUUAUGGACGUCAAGAUGGGUCGUCGCACUUGGGACCCGGAAUCGUCGCCGCACAAAAGACAAGUUGAAGAACAGAAAUAUGUGAUAUGCAAACAAAAGCUGGGACUAUGCCUGCCUGGUUUUCAGGUUUAUUUGCCUACCAACAGCACCAACUCCUCCCAGGAGGGAGAUCACAGUGUAAUCCUGCGACACGGCAAGGAUUAUGGCAAAAGCUUAAAUGUGGCCGGUUUCAAGCAAACAAUGGCAUUGUUUUUCAAUGCAUCCACAAGUGAUUCCAAGGCUCAAGCAGUCGGCUCCGAGGUCCUAUUACGUGAAAUACUGAGACAAUUGCGGGAAAUUCUUGACUGGUUCAAGCAUCAGCGACAAUUGCAUUUCUAUGCAAGUUCAUUGCUCAUCUGUUACGAUGGAUCCCAAUUGAGCCAUGCAAAGUCCUCUAUGUUACCCUCUGACUGGAUACGUGUGCGUAUGAUUGAUUUUGCUCAUGUCUAUCCAGCGGAAAAUGGUCAACCCGAUGAAAAUUAUAUGUUCGGACUGGAAAGCCUCAUAGAGGUUGUUGAAUCCAUUCACCACCGAUAGCCCGACUCGCACCAGCACCAAAUACGAAGGGAAUGCUGCGGCAAUUAGGGGAAACCCCUCCAUUUAAUAUGAGAGAUUAAUAUUCGAUUCGACUUAACCUCAAUUAAAAUUUUCCUAUUGCCCACGCAAGGUAAUUCACUAGGUAAACAUAUUGACCCAAAAUGAGUCAGCCAACUCUUAGAAAGAAAACAAAAUACAUCUUCAACUCAACAUGAUUCAAUUCCCUUCCGAUGGUGUGACAAAUUCUGUGUUACUCUGUAAACACGUGAUAUAAUGUGCGACACCCAGAACCAAAACUCAAUUGAUUCCAGAAGAAUUCAAUAUUUUCUGUAUUAGGUCAGCUAAGCCAAAAAAUGAAAUGAAAAAACAAUACUUGGUAGUUCCUAAAAUGCCCUCACAAAAGGACGAACUACGUAAAAACAAAACUAUCUAUGAUAAAAAAAUGUGAAAUAAAACCAAUUUUGUACGAUUUGAAUGAAA